CAAGCGCCAUUAAACGAAGUGAAAAGCUAAACCCUCUUCUCUUCUCUCUCUCUCUCUCUCUCUCUUAUUUUAUUUUGUUCAUUCACCUUACUGUCCCUAUAAAACCCAAAACUCAACCCCACCCAAAAACAGAACCCUCUUCUUCUACCUCUCUCUCUCUCUCUCUCUCUCUCCAGAUUCUUCCCCUUCCAUGGAUGCUUUGAACUUCCUCAAAUUCUGGAGAAACGCCACCAUGAGCACAACCUCCGAACCCCACCUUGUUGUUGAAACCGACACCGAAUCCGACGAAGACGACUCAUUCUUCGACUUGGAGCUCACGCCACUCGAUUUCGACAACAAAGAAAACAACACCAACACCACCACAACCAAAAACGACGACGACCCAAAACAAACGACAACAAGCGAACUCAAAAGUCUUGGCUCCAAAGACAACUUACUCAGCAAAACAGACAAUGGCGUUCAGCGUAAAACACCACUUCCCCUGUCUCCUCCUUCCGAACCUAUCUCCAAACGUAAGGUCCUCCCAAUCGAACCUAUCUCCAAACCUCAGUCCCCCAUUGCGCUUCUCAGGUCCGCCCCGAGCUUCAGAAUCUUCAUGUUCCGAAAGCGAAACAGAACACCUCCACAACAGAAAACAGAGCACUCUGUUAACGAAGCAAAAGUCUUUGCGGUGAAGCUCAGCGUCGACGAUUUUCGUUCCUCUCCCGCGCUCAGCAGGGACAACAGCACGAGAAGCUUUGGGAGCAAGGUUCGGGGUUUGAGCUACGAGGAAGAACCGAAGCCGGAGCGGUUUUCGAAGGAGGUGUUGCGGAAGUACCUGAAGCUGAUAAAGCCGCUAUAUGUUAAAGUUUCUAAGAGGUAUAGUGAUAAGGUGAGGUUCUCCGGUGAGGGUUAUGCGGCGUCGCCGUCGUCGUCGCCGUCGGUCGCCUCUGUUUCUUCGAGGACGGAGAAACAGGGGAAGGGGAUGAGGGUGGUUUCGAAGCAUUUAGGAAAGAGUAGGUCGGCGUCGUCGACGGUGGCGGGUGUUAGUUCUCCGGCGAAGAAGAGCGAUGACACGAUGCAGCAGCAGCUUGAUGGGAUCCAAAGCGCCAUCCUUCACUGCAAAAGGUCCUUCAACUCCAGAGAAGGAUCAAUGUAUUCGGUGAGGAAAUCAUUUGAUGGUGAACAUGGGGAAAAAGUGUAAUCUUGAGGAUUUUGUUGUGAAAGAAGAAGCUCAAGCUGAUACAACAGAAGAGAAGAGAAAAAAAUGUUAUUUUUUUGUAUUAUCUAUCUAGUGCAUUGUAAAGAAAAGGGAAAGAGGGGAGAGGGAUAGUUGUGAUGAUUAGUGAGUGUGUGGGAGGCAGGCUCCCCUCCCCUGGUGGUCAGUGAAUGUAUGUAAAUUAAUGGUUAAUGGGGCAUUAUGAAAAGAAUCAAAGGGAUCUUCUACUGUAUCUCUGUCUGCUGUGUGUGGGUUUUGCACUUUGCACUCUGCUUGAGGUUUAUUUUGAUAUUGAUUUGAUGCCCAUCAAAUGAUUCAAGGCAACAACAUUUUCAUUUUGUGAUCAUUGAGAUGACUUCCAAGUUCCAUCUCAACUCAAUUCUAAUGCCUUUCUUCUUUA